GUUUACGGUGCGCGCGCGUGUGUGUGUGUGUGUGUGUGUGUGUGUGGCGCGCGCGUGUUCGCUAACCACAGUUGUUCAACACAACGCUGUGUCGUCUGUCGACGGGCCCACUGCGAAACGCGCCCCGCACGCGACUACCAAGUGACGGAACGCGACGACGCACCGGUCCGCGGCACCACUGCCGCCUCCGACCGAAAAUAUCAUUUGAUAUUAUCAAUAAUCAUAUUAGUAUAAUAUUUCGCCGGUCCCGCGUGACAACGAUGCGGUCGCGUCUGGCAGAGCUGCAGCAGCAGUGAGCUUUUCCAGCGGCCGUCGUUUCCGAGUACGAACUACGAAGUGAGCGAGCCAUCGACCGAUACUCUGCCAAAGCCCGACACAAAACAACCGAAAUGCUACACUCCUACGAACAUAUCGUCGACGCUCAACAGUCGUCGGUCGGAGACGAGCUGUACAAUCUAACGCAGUUGGCCGAAGUCAGUAUCGUCUACUUCAGACAACACACGGCUACGAUAAUCGAUGGUCCGAAUGCCUACGAAAAGGACAUCAAGAAAAACGAUGUUGACGACAACAACCAUAAAACAAUAACUACAGAGCAAACGACGAAGAAGACAACCAACAACAAGGAACGUCAGUGUCCGGAUUGUGGAAAAUGUUACAGCACGUCCAGUAACUUGGCCCGGCACCGACAGACGCACAGGUCGCUGGCUGAUAUCAAAGCCAGGCAUUGUCCCCACUGCGACAAGGUCUACGUAUCAAUACCAGCUUUUUCGAUGCACAUGCGAACACAUAGUCAGUCCUGCAAAUGUGGCAUUUGCGGUAAAUGCUUCUCCAGGCCAUGGCUGUUGCAAGGGCACAUUCGCACCCACACGGGUGAAAAGCCUUACGAGUGUGAAAAAUGUCGUAAAGCAUUUGCGGAUAAGUCAAACUUGCGAGCUCAUCUACAGACUCAUUCUACAGAGAAACCACAUGUAUGUCAGAAAUGCAAAAAGGCAUUUGCACUGAAAUCUUAUUUGUACAAACAUGAGGAAUCAGCUUGUGGUAAAAUUACAUUGUUGAACAACAAUAACAACAACGAUUAGGAACCCUUUUUUUUUUUAUUAGAUUUAAAAAUCAAAAGUUCUAAACAAUUGUAUUUUUUUUGUAUAUAUUGAUAUGAGUUUUUCUUUUCUAUUUUUUUCUUCUCAAACUGUUCGAAAAUAAGCUAUUACUUUUUAGUGACCACUUAACAUUUGUGCUAGAAAUGUAUAAUACAUUUUUAACAUUUUUAUAUUUAAGUACAUUUUAAAAUACUUGGACAGUUUUAACAAAUAUUACAACAAUGAAAGUUUUCUUAUUUUAAACACAUUUAAUUACAAAAUAAUAGUAAUAAUAAAUAAAUAAUAAAUAAUACAAAAAUAAGGAAAAAAACAAGCUAACACAAUAAUUUAAUUUUUAUAAAUUAGAUAUAAAACGUUUCGUUUUACAUAACAAAGAUCUGAGCAAUACAUGUUUAUGAUUAUUAGAUAUUUAGAAAAACCAGCAAAUUUUAUAUUUUAUAAAAUCAAUUUGUGUUUGGUUUACUUUGUUAUUGAUUGAUUUUUGGACAGUAUAAUUUUGAGGCUAAAUAGUAAGGUUCAUUUGUAUUAUUGAAGAUACAAAAUAGAUUAAAAAGCUCAGGUAAUAUUUAUAUUUUUUUUACAAAUUUGUUUAUAUGUUUUAAUAUUUAACAAAAAAAUAGCAACUAGUUUAUUUUAAGUAAAACUUUAGAAUAUAUAUAUGUACGAGCGGACGAGUGCUACUAGUCACAUUUAUUAAUUUAUUUUUGUAUUCAACAGUUUGUUGUUUUAAAAAAUAUUUAUUAAAUUUGUAAAUACAUACAUAUAUAUCAUAUGUAUGACUUUUUUAUAUUGUAGAAAAUAUAUUUUCAAAUUUAAAACUUUUAAAAA